UGGGAGGGCGGGCGGCCGGUGGGGAUGCGCUCGGAAGAGGGGGCCGGAGGCCUGGGUGAGGCCCUUCCUGCGCGGGCUCCCAGCUGGAGGGAGAAACUGUCGGGCCCGGAGGCCCCGUUCCGCCGCGAGUCGCCGCGGAGGGAGUCGGCGGUGGCGCCGGCCCCGGCCUUCAGCGAGAGCGGGGCGGGCAAGCCUCGCGAGGAGAAGAGGACGGCCCUGAGCAAGGUGGUCCUCCGGCGUCUGCCCCCCGGCCUCACCAAAGAGCAGCUGGAAGAGCAACUGCGCCCCCUGCCUGCGCACGAUUACUUCGAGGUGGUGGCUGCGGACCUCAGUCUCUAUCCUCAUCUCUACUCAAGAGCAUACAUUAAUUUUCGGAACCCUGAUGACAUCCUUCUGUUCAGAGAUCGUUUUGAUGGAUAUAUCUUCAUUGGCAAUAAAGGCCUGGAGUAUCCUGCGGUGGUGGAGUUUGCUCCCUUCCAGAAGAUUGCCAAAAAGAAGCUGAAGAAGAAAGAUGCCAAGACUGGAAGCAUUGAAGAUGAUCCAGAAUAUAAACAGUUUCUGGAAACAUACAGUUUGGAGGAAGAAAAAACCAGUGCUAGUCCUGAGACACUUCUGGGAGAGAUCGAAGUGAGGACAAGAGAGCUCCUCGCCAGAAGAACCACACCUCUUUUGGAAUAUAUUAAAAAUAGAAAACUAGAAAAGCAGAGAAUUCGAGAAGAAAAGCGUGAAGAGCGGAGGAGGAGGGAGCUGGAGAAGAAGCGUUUACGGGAAGAGGAGAAAAGGAAAAGGAGAGAGGAGGAGAGAUGUAAAAGGAAAGAGGCAGAUAAGCAGAAGAGAACCGAGAAGGAAGUGAAGAUUAAGCUUCUUAAAAAGCUGGAAACAGGAGAAGAAGCAACCACAGAGAAACCCAAAGAAAGAGGUGACUCAGUUGGUCCUGGAGACGAGAAGCAGGAAGCCCGGCCAGUGGAAGGCCUGCAGGAGACGCCUGGGGAAAGGUUACAGGAUGGCAGUGAUAAAGAGCAAAGGGACAAAAGAUUUCGAGAGAAAGAACCUGAAACUCCAAGAUGUCACCCAGAUGGUUGCAGAAAGCACAACAGUCACUCUGAGUUUGCCAGGUUUUCCAGGAGGACCGAAGACGAACCCAAGUGGGGGAAAGCCUUUACCCAGGAUAGAGGGAAGAAAGGGAGCCAGGAUGGGGGUGUCCCUGUGGACAGGGCAGAGAGAACGAGCAAGGGACAGGAGUGUGACAGCCUGGGCCUAAGAAAGGAGCGCCUGGGGAACAAGGUUCUGUAGUCCCCUGGGCCCGUCUUCCCUGUCGAUACGUGCCAAGAGUACGCAGUGUGCCUCUGAAGUCUCAUAACGACUUUCCCCAAAUAAAAGGAGACAAGAGAAAUCUGCCUAGGUGUGUAGAGGUCCAGGGCUGCACUCUGUCAGCUCACACGCCCAUGGGGGCUGACUUUGAAAGUCCAUUUCUUCUAGAGUAUUCUUGCUCUCCUGGGGUACACUGAACUUAAAUUCAGAAUAAAACAUACUGUCAUCUUUUUAAAGAA